AUGCAGCCUCUCUUUGCCGUCCACAACAACGUGUCUCUGCUGAGCGUGACUAUCGCCCCCAGCACGUUCUUGGCCUCUUUGACCCUGGUCCUCGUCUUCUUUGCGCUCUUCAUUGCGCUUUACAUUCCGAGACUCCCGUUUCUUUCGCGCAUCUUUCGAUCUGGUCAGCGUCGCAACAAUCCACCGCAUCCGCAGGUGUUUGAGCCGGCGCAGAUCAGCGACAGCAGGAACUUCGGCUACCUCUCGACUCACUCGGGCUUCCUCGAGACCGACACCGAGAGCAUGCGCGACUCAGUCUCCGUCGGUGGCUACAGCCCACCGGCGUGGCGUCGCCUCGGAAACGGCGACCGUAGUUCCGGCUUCUGGCGCAACUGUGAUAACAUCCUCGGCUCGCCCACGAUGACCCCGGCCUGGUCGCCGUCCCUGUUGGCACAACAACGACCCGUCAACACGGCCCAGUAUCAGCAGUAUCAGCCCGAUCGGCAAUCCCGCGAGUGGAGUCCUGGCUUCUCCAGCGCCGACGAGGAUGUUAUCGACCCGGACGACGAUGUGUUUGGCAACGACGACGACGACGAAGAAAUUCUCGCCCAGGCGAUGCGCACCCGUCUGCCCCGAAGUAUGAGUCCGGAAAAGGAGCUAAGCCCCGAGGCUGAGGACAGAAUGUAUCUAGACACAGCCCACAGGACAGACGACAUUGAGAACCAACGUGAGAAGCCUCCAGAGCUGGAGCUGUCAGAGAACUAUAUCCGGUUCGCCGUGAGGGCUGAAGUGCAGCAACGGACGGAGCCGAUUGAAGCGGCCAUCAACUUUGCGCGGAACAAGUUUCUGCUGGCAACCCGGUCAUGGGCCCACGUAUUCUGCUCGAUGAUCGUGGCCAUGUUCUCCGUGGCGGCCAUGCGGUGGCUGUCGCAACCGGCCAGCAUGCGCAUGGUACCAGAUCUGGUCAAGGUGGCCGGCAUCGCGCGAGCGUUUGAGCCGCUCAUCUUCUACUCGGAGAACGGUGUGGCCCAGGUGGGCGACCUGCAGGCCACCGGCAUCGCGGUCUGGGACCUGGGCGAGAGCGUGCGGUCCAGCAAUCUGACGUCGGCACCCAUCAUUGUGCGGGAGCUGGACGAGCUGAGCGAGACGCUCAAGACGCUGGCUAUCGAGCUCACCAAGUUUUUUGCCAAUGUCGAUGGCGAUAUCGACGGCAUCCUCAUUGUCAUGGACUGGGCCCGACGUGAGCUGUCACAACUGCAAAUGCAGGAGCGUUCCCAGCAGCGAGCGUCGCUGCCGCCGGUUCUGACGAGCGCAUACGACAACAUCCACAAUCUCCUCAGCUCAGCGGGCGUGCUCGAAAACGCGGCCACGGGCCUGCCGACGCGAAUGGGCAGCGUGACGAUGGCGCUGUUCGGCAUGUCGGGCCCGCAGCGGACGCGUGCCACCUUGCGUCGCACCUUUCACGAAUUUCUAGCCGUGCUGGAGGAGGCCGUCAGCUCAGAGCUACAGCACAGCCUUGCGCUGUUUGGGCUCUUUGAGGCCGUCGACCACCAGUUCCUCAACCUGGCCCGCACUGCUGCGCGGGAGGCGUCUGUGCAGGAAGACCUGCAUACAGACCUGCUGACAAGCCUGUGGACGCGUAUUCUGGGUCCCAACGCGGCCGAGGUCAAGAAAUACGAGAAGAACCGCGAACUGCUGCGCGACGUGCGUGCCAAGACGGUGCGGAACAAGGGCAUCUUGGUGGAGCACAACCACCGGCUGCUAGCGCUCAAGGCCAGCCUCGAGAGCCUGCGGCGCAAGCUGGUGUCCCCGCUGGUGCGCUCGGUGAACAGCAGCACGCUGACGCUGGAGCAGCAGGUGCGCGGGCUCGAGGAUGUCGGCAGCUACCUCGAGGGCGUACGAACGCGGCAAAAGGGCAAGCUGAUGGAGAUGCUGUACGGCUCUGGCCGAUCGACCGCAGGAAGUCUGCGCCACGAAGAUGCUGGACACCUUAUCGAGGAGGCUUAA